GUGAAACGAUGAAACUGACGAGAUGGUUGGUAACAAAUGUGAUAAGCGUGCAUUUCAUCUCAUUUGCAUAAACACAGUUCUUGUGUACGUCUUAUGUUUACUUGUUUGAAAGUCUGUCUUUAUCUAUAUAUUCCACAUACAUUCAAACAAAUUCAUUUGAAGAAUUGCAAUUCUAUUUGAACAAAAAAAAUUCAACAAAUAUAUCACAAAAUAUCUUUCGAGUUAUUCACUUUGUUGAUUAUACAUUAUACAUAUACAGUAUGUAAGUUGUUGUACUAACUAACACAACAUUUAUUCAUGUGAGGUGCAAAAAUCAAGUAUAAGAUUAGUUAUAGCUUGCUCUUCGUGCGAAUGACAUACGCGAUUGGUGCAGCAGAAAAUUACAUGAAAAAAUUAAUAAUUUUGCUGUGCUCAUUGGCGACUACUGUACCUUCUAGUGGAAUUGAUUUAUGACAAGUGCGAAAACAAAACAUCGCUAAUCUUAUCUGAAGAGUUUCGCCCGUACUUGUGUAAUAUCAAUAAAAAAAAGAAAAAUACAACAAAGUCAACUCGAAAAUGGGUUUAGAUAGCUCUACCGGUGAGAUUGCCAAUAGCAGUCAAGACGAAAAAUCAACUGAUAUAACAGUGCUCGGAACAUGUAUUAUUGAUUGUGUGAGCUAUGUACCGCAUUUACCAACAGUUGGUGAAACAUUACGUGCAACACGAUAUCAAACGGGGUAUGGAGGCAAGGGUGCAAACCAGUGUGUAUCAGCCGCAAAGUUGGGAAGUAAAACAGUACUUAUCUCAAAGUUGGGAGACGACGAAUGGGGUGAUAAAUAUCGUGAAAAUUUGGAAAAAUUCAAUGUGGGCACAAAUUAUAUAGAGACCACAACUGGUAAAAGCACCGGAAUUGCACAAAUAAAUGUUGCUGAAAAUGGGGAAAAUCAAAUUGUUAUCAUACCCGGCGCUAAUGAUGUGCUCUCACCCACCGAUAUCGAUAAGGCACAGGACCUUCUGGACUCGUCUAAAAUUUUGAUUUGUCAAUUAGAAACACCACUACCAGCUACGUUGGCAGCUCUUCGGCGGUUCAAAAACGGUAUAUCUAUACUUAACGCAUCCCCAGCCCCAAGCGAAAACACACUAGAACUAUUUACAUUGCCAACGAUUUUAUGUAUCAAUCAAGUGGAAGCAGCAGCGAUGAGCAAACGAGCUGUCCCGAAUAUUGAAGAGGCAAAGCGUGCGAUUAGCAAUUUUUUAUGUCUCGGAUGUAAUACCGUCAUUAUAACGUUGGGGAAAGAAGGAGCAAUCUUUGCUUCGUUAUCUGAACCAAAACCUAUUCACGUUCGAGCACCACGCGUUGAAGAGGUUUUAGAUACAACGGGAGCUGGUGACGCCUUUGUUGGUGCGUUAGCCCAUUACUUGGCACGUUAUCCAGAUCUUCCGCUUUAUCGAAAAGUUGGCGGUGCAGUGACAAUAGCAUCAAUGUCGGUUCAGCAAUAUGGGACGCAAAGCAGCUAUCCAAUGGCAAAGGACCUUCGCUUUGACAUUACUUUAAAAAAUUUCGACUGGAGUUACGUUUGAAAUAAAAAAACAAGAUAUAUAACUAUAUUGUUAUAAUCACGGUUUAAAUGGUAUAAUGAGAUUUUGUUUUAUCUAAACAUGAGAUUCAUAUGCUGUAAGUAGCUAUCACUCUUGUGGGAUGUAGACUAGGGUAUUUUUCAUAAUCUGAACAAGAGAAAUGGUAGACUUUAAAUUGAAGAGAAAAGACUUCUGUAUCAAUUAAUAGUGUUCAUACAACGCAGCAAUCGAUAGUCACACUUCCCGAAGCUAAAAACUGUCUAAUGUUUUCGGAAGCUACCCAGCAUCUGCCAAAUUCAAACAUUUGAAAUGACAACCAUUCCAACUACUAUGUGCCGAACGAACCGUAUAAACAAACUUCUAACAAGAACUUCGAUUUGUGUAUGUGUUUCACAUUAGGAGCGUGAUUUUGGCACGAACUUCUCUUUCAUCGCAUACAACGCAACACAACACAAAAGACUCAUUUGUUAUUGUUAUGUUUGUUGCGUUUGUUUAUUUGAUUCCGUUAUCCGAGUAUGUAUUGAGUUUCUAUAUCAACACCAGUGACAGAUAAGUGAAUUUCAUCACGAAAUAAAAUUUGGCGCAUUGACACAUUGAAACUGGUUGAGUAAAAAUGUUGCAGCCACAUAGUGAAUUGGUUUAUUGUUUAUCAGAAAGUGCGUAAAUAAUUUAUUAACUGUAUUUUUUAUUAUUAUUAUUCUGCACCAUACAGCGUUUUUUCGCCAGAGGUGGUUUAUUUAGUAUAAAUAAAAAUAUUCUGGUAUAUUUACAAUAUAUACAAUAUUAAAUUAAAUUCAAUUUCUCCAAAUUCGGUUUCUCUUGAAAUAUUCAGCUACUCUCUGUUUUACAGUAUUUGUACUUGCAUUGAAAUCAAUUAAAUAAGUAUCACAACUCGGAAUCAAAGUAAUAUUACAUUCAUUUGGUAAAUUAGGUGGCUUGAUCGGAACGAAGUAAUUAUAAAAUUCGUUGUAUGUACUCAGCAUAUAAUUUAUAGUUUCAAACUUGGCAUAGUUAUUACGAUGCAUCGGCAAUAGCAGAUAAUCUGAGUCUCUCGUCCAAUGUCGCGGUGUUCUAAAAUUAAUUUUGCUCAAAAUGUAUUUCGAUGUGCAGCGUAAUCAUUUGUAAUUCAAGCAGUCGGCAUUCAUACGGUGGUUUCCUGAAUCUUUGUGGUCAUUUCAUUUUGCGUAGUGCGAACAAUAAAAAUUGCUUCUGGAUCGAUUCAAUUCGUGCAAUCUUUUCAGCAGUGUAUGGAUUCCAAAUUUGGAUCAUCAAAUUCAUAUCCAAACCGUUUAAUCCAUGCUAAACGUGAUUUCGCUUUGGCUGUAAUGUACUCAAUGUGUGCAUUAAAAUUCAAUUUAUGGUCAAGUAUUACUCCUAGAUCCUUUAUCACGUGGACCCGAUCGAUUUUUUCGUUGCCAAUGGAAUAUUCCAAGUUAAAUUCUAAGAUCCCGCGAUGAAAAGACGCAAAUUUGGUCUUGGAUACAUUCAACUUUAGCUGAUUUCUUUUGAAAUAUUCUACAAGCCUAUUUAGGUCAGAUGUGCUUCCACAGGCGAGUGUCAUCAGCGAAUGACUGAAGAAUUGAGUUGCUAACGUGUUUUGGCAAAUCAAUGAUGAACAGUAAAAACAAUGUAGCACCAUUCGGGUAUCCUUGUCCUGUUCCCGAUGUAACAUCAAUGGGGCUCGACAUGUCAUUAUUCAGUUUGACAAUCUGUUGGCGACCAUGCAAAUACGAUUUGAUCCACUUGAGCAAUUGUUGAUUCAAUCCCAAAAAAACCAUUGUUCUUGUUAGGUUAAUACGGCGGUCGAUGAUUUCAACAACGACUUUUUCAACAGCAAUGGUGAUGAAAUCAUCAAAAUGUGCUUCCAAGGUGUGCUCCGGCAAAACUACACCAAUGUUGUAUGUUUAUAGUCCCAGGUUUCCGCCAAAUGGUUAUCAACAUUAUCGGCGAAUGGUUUCCAUGGCCAACGAACAGAUUUUUCGGCAGAUUUUUCGGCAGUACAUUCAAAUACCUGUACGAACAAUAUGCGAAAAACGUGCAAACCAACCUCAAAACGCAUUGCGAACAGCGUUUGAAAAAGUUCUUCAAAAUGCGUUGCUACGAAUUGAACCACAUGUGUCUGUGUGGAGAUCUCGAGUUGGACGAAUUAUUCGAUGAUAAUGUCAUCAAAAAUUCCAUCAACUUCACAUACAAACGAAGAGAUUCAACACGUGGCAAUGCCAAUGCCAUACGGAAAUUGGAAAUACUGUUGGGGGAACUGUAUUGGAUUGGAGCACCUUACAGACCAGAUGAUCCACACCCAUUCAACAUCAAAGAAUUCGUUGAACUCAAUUGGUUCCAAGCAUUGCGCAUGUUCAUUAAUAUACAGCGCGAUAUUCAUUACUUUCACCUCGUUUCGUCGUUUGCCAAUCUACGCCAAAGUUGGAAUCUGUUCCGAAAAUAUCCGCUCUAUGUGCAACAGCCAGAAUUUCCAGAGCCGCCUGAAAUCACCACCUUCACAGUCGUUCCGAAGUGCACAUUCCAGCGCCGACACGUGAAAAUUGAUACGGAUGCAUUGUACAAUAUUUUAAAGGGCGUCAAAGCAAUAAAGCGAGAAGAUGGUGUUCGAGACAACAAGAAAGGCGAAGUCCAACAGCGCUACAUCUCACAGACUGAAUUUAAAAGAAUUGGAAGCUGGCGUUCGUAUUUCAACAUGGACGAAAUCAACAAGUUAGUCAAGAAUAAGAAGGAAUUCGGCGAUUCGAUAAUAUCAGAUGGUCAGCGUCGGUGUUAUUCAGAUUGCCGAAGCAGAGCAAAACCGUUGUUGAUGAAGAUGAGGCCGAAACCAAACGCAAAUAUUUCGCAAACGAAUUCGUGUAUGCAUUGAAAAUUGAUCCAGGUAUGCGAACCUUUAUUGCGUCGGUCCGCCUCGAUCUAAAGACCGGCGAAGGGACCAACGAGAAGAUUUCGUUCAAACAAUACCAUCAGAAAUCGAAACAGGAUGCGCGCAACAUUAAAGCCGAAUGAAUGACACGAGUCUUUACGUAUGACGAGCAAAUGGACCUCAAGCGUAUCGCCGCAGAGAUUGGCCAGACACCAUCGCCACGGAACAUCUCUUGGCGCCAUUACAUCGAACAUCGCCUGUGAAUGUCCCAAGAUGGUAUCGCGGCAUACAGUCAGAAAAACUAUGCGAAUACAUUGAAUGGCGUCGUGCAAUUGAUCUCAUCGCCGGUAAGCUGGUACAUUUCAAUGCAGCUAUCAUCAACAUCGGAGCAGCCGAAAUUUCACCAAAUUGCCCGAUCCGAAUCAAAAAUUACGUGCGGUGUCCAGCUGAUUGCAGCCUUCAAAAAAUGUGGCAAUUGUGUCGUUCGGUUGGUGGAUGAAUACAUGACAUCGCAACAUUGUGCCCGAUGCUUCAAAUGGUUCCCGAUAUGGACGAAGAGCAAACGAUACAAGAAGUGCAACGACUGCUGACCGGAUGAACGUGUUGGACUUCCGGAAAGCAUUUAUACGAACGUGAGCGAACGAGUGUUGCAGAUGCAACGGGAAAUCAUGCGUACAUGCGAGGAAAUACACGACCAAGGUGCUGCUAUUGCAGCCAUUCUAACCCAACGAGAUUCAGGACGUUUGGUGUCAAAGAAGCAACGCUUCUUUAAAACCUGGCAACCAAAUGCUGCUGAAAACGCUGGAACAGAAGACGCUGCACAAUCACGCAAGUUGCUCAAAUCACUUUGGCAUCUGGACAUAUCAGCAGCCGGAAGUGUGAAUAUCGAUUGCUCCGUUGUGUGAACACCACCAAUUGAUACAGAAUUUUUUCCUCUUUAAUUUAAAGUCUACCAUUUCUUUUUUUCAGGUUAUGAAAACCACCUUAAUGUAGUCAACUAUGUUAGUUGAAUCGAAGAUAUUUUAUAUUUACUUUCAAAUAUUACUAAAAUAUGGUUAGAAAAAUGUCAUUAUUGUCUAGUAAAGAAGUUUUUGUUCAAAAGAUUGAAUAAUUUUAGGAUUAGGAUAAAGAUAACAGUGUUUUUAACGUUUUCAUCAAAAAGUGUUCAAGGAGCAGAAACGAAAUUCUGUAAUCAAAGAAAAACUUGUUUUCAGAAGAAAGGAUACAACGAAUAUAUGAACUUUUUAACGAUGCAUCUGAUUUGGAGCCGCAUUGAAAUACAAACAGUUUCUCUGAAAGAUUCUUCAAUGAAAAUGUGUCAAAAGUAUGAAAGAAGCAUAUCAAGUAUACCGGAAUUGAGGGAUAUCGACCUUGCUUACUAUCAAAAGAAAUAAACAUCGUUCUUUCCAUUUUAAUUUUGUAUUCACUUUUAUUGGAAAAUCCAUGAGUUAUUAUGAAAAAAAAUAUAUCAUAUAUAUGAUUUAGAUCCGAAAAUUUAUAUCUCAUUUCACAUGAGAAACUUAUAAUAUAACACUCUCUUGACUGUGAUGAUCUGAAAGAGAAAAUUUCAGGAUUCAGCCUAAGUUGAUAUUGUAUUCGGCUAGAUUUCUCAAUAUCGACUCGUCUAUUGUUGAAAUUAGUGCGGUAAAACGUUCAUUUCCCAAAGCACACUUUGCUUGAUAUAGCUGGAGAAAAGAUAAAAAUAAAUAAAUAAAUGAAAUCCAUGUGCAUAAAAUGAUAUGAUAUAUAUAUAGUAAUCGUACCUGCGAUUCAAAAUAAUUUAACAAAACCACAGUAUGAACAGGAUCUUUCAUACAAAGCGCACGACAUCGAUCAUAGUGAUGUGUACUGUAGAAUAUGUGUUCCAUUUUGAAGAGACCAUCGUCGUCUAUUGGUGUAUCGUCGGUUAAAAUUAAUGAGCUAAACCACAAAAAUAUAAAUUUAUUAAAUGCUUAUUAUUAUCUCUAUCCAUAUUUUUGACUCACUCAGUUAGUUUAUUUGCAUCAUCUUCUAAAUCUUCUUUCAUAAUAUCGUUCAAAGUCUCACAAAUACACUGAACUAUGACAUCAAAGCGUUGAUAAAUUAUGUCAUCUUGUAUGGAAAGUAGACUAGCCAGAGCUAAACCUAUAUAUUUUAGGAAACAUUAUGAGUGUAAAAAAAAUUCAGUUUCUUUUAGUAGUGUUGACUCACUCAAAAGUUUUCGUUUAUCUGGUUGUCCAAUUAAUGGCAUUUUCCGUAGCCAAAUGUCUAGAAGCUCUCCAAAUAUUGUGAAUGUCUCAAACGAUGUGGCUGUGUUUAACUCUUGAAUGAACACCAUUUGAUCCAGAAUUAGGACACGAGCUAUAACAGAUAGGUAUGACGACAUUACCAUUUGCCAUUCGUCAUCCUCCUUGACUUUCCUG